AUGGUCCAGUCAAGCUGCCCCGCACAGUUCACAGCUGCGCCCCCUCCACCUCCCCCGCACGCCUCGGGCCCGAUUAUUGAGGCCGACCUCAUUAAAGUUUUUAAGAUGCUAGGGAGAUUCUUUUGCUUCGGCUUAGUGGUACUGGCUGCGUUUGCGCAGAAAUCGAAAAUUCCGUGCGGUCUACCACCUUUCGUUGCGAAACUUCCCGCAAAACAAUCACAACUGUUGAAUGAGACUUGGGCGAACUAUAAAAACGGCAGCGAUUGUGAAGCACAACAGAAGAAGACGUUUGAAAUCAUCGGCACACUUAGUGAAGCAGAACGGAACGCAGUGUUCGAGAUCAACCGCGAGGAGGGAACUCUAGUCGAUGAUCAAUUUGAUACAACUCCAUCCUUUAUCAAAUCACUCUCACCAGAAAUGAAGAGCGCCUUCGACGCAAUUUGGAUGGAUGUGGGCACUAAAGAGACCGAAAAGCACAAAAAAUUGCGCAAAUACGCAGCGGAUCAUUUCAACGAGGAGCAAAAGAAAGGAUUUAACGAAUGGAUCACUGAGAUUGUCAAUGCGAGGAAAGCGGUCGAAGAAAGAAUCGGCAAACUCUCCGCAAAAGCAAAGGAGGUGUACGAUAAAAUAAUUCGGGUUCGCGAAGAAGAACGUAAACUACUGAACUCAAUCACUCCAGAACUAUCCAAAGAACUAUAUGGUCUUAUCUGA